GUCCCCUCAGAGGAAACGCGGGAAUCCACGAGGAUGGUUUGUGUCUUCCUGUGAAGAAUUACCUGCGUUUUCCAGUACUUUAAGCAGAAGACUGUCUUCGCUACAUCCAUGGAGGCUUUUGUCACAGACUGAACUCGCAACUGAAACCAGGAAAAUGCAGCAAAAUGGAGAGCUGUGAAGCAUGCAAGCGUAUUGAGGAGUCAGAUUGCAUGUUGAGUACGAUGAAUUUGGACAUAUUGGUAGUGACACUGAAAGUAUUCCCUGCCUCUCACACCCAUCCACCUAACCAUCCCAUUGAGCCACUUGAUUCAUUUUUUUCCCCAUUUUGUUUUGUUGUUUUUUGCAGGAUUAUUUCCACUUUCAUUGUGUUCUAUGAUAUGGUUUAAAAAUUACUGUUUUGACUUUUUGUCAUUUUUCUCCCAAGGUUAUCAUAUCGUCCGGAUCUCAUAGCAGCCCAUGCCUAGUGACAAGUACACACUACUAAUGCAACUGGUUGAUCAUGAAAGACGGCCACAUCCCCAAACACACUAUCAUUGAUGGAACCUCUUGGUGUUAUCUCUUUUUUAACCCUUCCCCUUUUUGGAGGGAGCUCCGAGCUGCUGAGUAUCUGAGCUGCUGGGAGCUGAACAGCAGUGGAAGGGUUAUGUUCAUCCUCCCCCUGCUGUGACACUUGUCAUCAUAUAGAACAGAGUGCACACUUUGGACAUGGUCCCCACCACCUUCUUCUGUGAUUAUUUGUAUUAGAUCCAUGACGGUUGCAAGAGCAGACUGACUGUAUGGAAGACUAAGUCAGCUUCUCGAGUCUCCUAAUGGUUGAAGAGCCAUACUGAUAUUCUUCAAAAUCUGAAGUGGACAUUGCCCACCCCAGCUGGUCACCAUGAACGCCUCUGCCCUUCCACCCUCCAAUGACACCCCUCUCUGCUACUCCAUUAACAGUCCUCCAUUUAAGUAUGUGCCCACCAUUGCCUCAGCCUACUUCUCCUCCAUCUUCAGCGCUUUGGGUCUCACCUCCAACCUCAUCGCCUUUAUAGUUCUUCUGAAGUCGUUCCGGCAGACCCACAGCAGCUCUCGAUCUUCCUUCCUCAUCUUUCUGGGAGGCCUAGUGGUCACUGACUUCAUGGGCCUGUUGGUCACAGGUACCAUUGUGGUCUCCUUCCACGUAACGCACUUCAACUGGCGCAGUUUAGACCCCCGGUGCCACUUCUGCAACUUCAUGGGCAUGUCUAUGGUCUUUUACGGACUGUGCCCGCUGCUGCUUGGUGCCGCUAUGGCUGUGGAGCGCUUCAUUGGCAUCAAUCGUCCAUUUGCGCGUACCACCAGUAUGCCCAAGAGGCGAACAGUUUCCAUGUUGUUGCUUGUGUGGAUGACCGCCGGCUGCAUAGCAUCCUUGCCCCUAUCCGGAAUUGGGAGCUACCACAUGCAGAUGCCUGGAUCAUGGUGUUUUCUCAACAUUAGCUCAGGAGGCACUGACCUGGCCUUUUCCUUGCUGUUUUCCCUGGUCGGAUUGACCUGCAUUGCCGUGUCCUUUGUGUUGAACACAAUCAGUGUUGUCACACUGAUCAAGGUGUGCUGCGGGCAGGACAAGAGGCAACGCCGCCGAGAUCAGGAAGUGGAAAUGAUGGUGCAACUCAUCCUUAUCAUGGCCAUUGGUUCCAUCUGCUGGUGUCCUCUGCUGAUUUAUAUUCUGGUGAACUCAUCGGCAGCGGAGCCUGUAAACGAUGAAACUGUUUUGUUCUACAUACGCAUGGCCACCUGCAAUCAGAUAUUUGAUCCCUGGAUAUACAUCAUGUGUCAAGUUUCCCGAAUAAGGCGAGUAAAACUGAAGGUUAUACGACUCACAUAGUUUGACCACAAGGCUCCGUCAUCCCCAUCUACUUAACAUUGGACUGUGAGCUCCAACAGGCCAAACAAACCAUGUCUUGAAUGAACUCAUCAGUUUAUACUAGGGAUGCUCCCAUCAGGGUUUUAUGCUGUCGAUUCUGAUACCGAUCAUCCAUGAGUGAGAUCAGUCGAUGCCGAUCACAUGGAUUAACUGUACAUUCAUCACUUUAUUUAUGAUGAGUGGUAUUGGUCAGGGGUGCCGUUAGACAAUUCCAAGGACCCCUGGCAAAUAGGUAAUUAUUAAAAAAAAAAUAAAUGUUUAGGCGAAUUGGCUUUUUGUUCCUUUUAUUUGUGUUAAACGAUUUUUUUGUACUAUUUGACAAACUUUAAUUUAAUUUGAUGCAUGUUUUGGAGUAAUACCAAUACAUGGGAAAUGAACUGUUCAAUAAUUAUUUUUUAGCUCAAGAUAACAAAAUAUGUCCUGCUCAACUUAAAAUGGAGUAAAUUCAGUGUCCAGGUUGCGGGGGUCUUCAACUUUUAUCAUUACUAGAGCUGUCAACUAUUUGUGUUUUAUUUAUGACCGGCAACAUUUAAAUUGUACUCUACUUACCAAGCACAUAUCCACGCAAACAGUGUGGCCAUCGUCUUUUUAUGCUAUUUUGUGCUCAUUUUUCAUUAUAUAAAGGCAUAAAGUCUGAAUUCAACAGUUGUAAUUGAAAACUACUAAGAGUUGAAGCUAAUAUUCUUUGACCCUUUUGAGCUACUCAGAAUCAGCUGGUGAGAUAGAAGAACCUUUGAUAGUAUCACCAUCAUAUCACCAUUAUGUUCAAUAAACAACCACACACAAAUGGUGUUUUGAGGACAUAAUGGCAACAAGAGAGUAAAGUUGUUCAGUGACACAUAAAAGGUAGUACUUAGCCCAUCCCUAUCAACGUGAUAUGCACUUGUGGCUUCCUAGUGGGACAAAAACGAACUCCGAACUAACCGCAUUGCUUGUUUGUUUUAAGAACAAAAUGUCAGUUUGGUAAAGAAGUCACAUUUGGAGUCCAAAGACCAGAAGCUAGGCGGAUAAUUCUAGAACUGCAAUAGGUUUGGUAAGGGAGUGGUCAAACACGGUGGCAUCGAUUGGCAUCAUUUUGUUGACAAACACAGCAGACAUGUAGGAUUUGCCACCGCACGCUGAUUGGGUUUUGUGAUGGGCUUUGAAAGGCGUUUAUCGGCAUACGCUGAUCGCAUGUUAUUGUCUGCCGAUAUUGACCGGUGGCCGAUCGAUCGGAGCAUCCCUAGUUUAUACAAUUUCUCUCCUCCCCUAACCCAUUAAAUCACUCUAUUAUUAGGGUUAUGUUUCACUGUGUAGUCUCCACCUCAUCUUUCUGUGCUUGUUAUGCUGCUACUAGUCUAUACUUGAUUUCAUUUGUACACGGCUUGGACACUAUUGUGUUACAUCACGCUGAACACUCACUAACUGUAGCACCCCAGCUGUCAAAGUUUUGGAUGGGGUAAAAGAGAUGUAUACAAUCUAGUUGGCUGGAAACUCUGUUUUUAAUGUGCUACAUACGUUAUAUAAUUUUUUUUUAGGGUGACCAUAUUUUGAAACCAGGACACUCAGCCCAGCAAGGAGAUAUGCAAAUGAUACUCUUAAGUUUACUCAAAAAAGCCUUAUAAUUUCAAUAUAUUUCCAUUUUCAUGCUUUUUUCUUAACUUGUAUCUUAUUGACAUUACCAAUAUUUGUUUCUACUAGUAGUUUUUAAAUUAAAUGUACCUGGUGCAGCUAUACUCAUUUUCUGUGUUGCAUACUUAGAAGGUAGAGCCACAUAAAACAGAACCAGCAUCUUGUAAAAAUAGUCAAUAAAAUAAUGAAUUUAGAAAAAAAAAACACAAUUCAACAUGGCAAUAAAGGUAAUUUACACAUAAUUCAUCAGUGGUUCUGUUCAUAGAUUCACUAGUAUUUCAAUUAAACUACGUGACGCUCGUUAUUUUCACAGUUCAUGUACACAUCCAGUUUGCUAUUUAACAUUACAGUUGUAACGUAAAUUAAAACAUUUAUAGAAAUAACAAUGCAGGCAAAGUCAAGGCAACACAUAGAAAACUGAAAUCAUAAGAAGAUAUUUUCAAUACAUUGUAAAAUAAUAGCAACAAUAACUAGUAAAUGUAGAGAAACACAUUUCCAUAAUGGAGUUGUAAAGUUUUGCAUGGAACUGGCUGUUACACAUGCAAUGACAACUUUUAUUGUAUGGAUAUACAUCUUACUGCUGAGUUGUUUUAUCCGGAAUUCAGUUUUGCAUGUCGCUUGAGAUGCCUUCAGGAACCGGUGAUUGCUUCCAUGGGGACUUUGAUGUCAGUUGACUGAUGUCAUGUGCCGUUUUAUGUGGGUUGCACUGUUCGGUACAGACAUGUAUUUUUGCACGCCGAGUAAUUACUUACAUUUUGAGGCUUGGGGUUGUUCAGUUUCUCUCAAAAGAGUUAACCAAACUCGUUCCAACCUGAACAACCUGAACAAUAAUUUAUUAGAAUUACAUCAGGUUCCGUGCAGGAUGUCUGACCUUGUGGAAAACUGAUAUACUUUGGGGUUUACUUGAAAAAGCAUCAUAAUCUGUUCCGUUGGUAGAAAAUUCCUUAACUUUUAAUAUUUCCAAUUGUCAUUGUCCAAUAAAAAGUGCUGGUAUGUUUCUCCAACUUUUGUGAUUUAUUUUUCUGGAAAACAACACAACUCAACAUUUGGAGUUGCAUGCUUUUCUUGGACGUCAACAUGAUACUAAAUUCUUCUCCUGUGGUGAUUAAGGGUCAACAUGUCCUUAUUGUCACUUUGCAUGGCUGCCGCUGGUACGAAUGCAUGUCUUAUUUAAGCAGAAUGCUUGCAUACAUAAAAACUCUCAAUGGCUUUGCAGCUGCUCCACCCAACUAAACCUGUAAAUAUUAUUCCAAGUCGUCAGUAAUGCCUUUCUGCUCGCAGCAUU